AAGGGGUAUAAUCAUUCAUUCACAGAAGACUAAAGAUAAAAACAUGACUAUUACUACAAUGAUCCACUCGUACUUGUCAUAGUGAGAAGUGCAAUUACCAAUUCAGUGUUAAUGCCCGAAGAUGGCCGCUUGGACUUUAUGGAGCUGAGUAUAAAAUACGGGCACAAGGCCGAAGAGCACAGGGUAGUCACAGAAGACGGGUAUAUUCUGACACUGUUUCGUCUGCCAGGCAAGAAACCUCCAGUUCUACUACUUCACGGCUUGAUUGGUACUGCAGACACAUACAUUUUAAGAGGGAAUAGCUCUUUAGGCAUCACAUUAGCUAACCACGGCUAUGACGUAUGGGCCGGAAAUACUAGAGGCAAUAAAUACGCAAUGCAGCAUACCAAACUCAACCCUAAGACAGACGCUUCCUUCUGGGACUACAGUUUUCACGAACACGGAUACUACGACCUCCCUGCUAUGACGGAUUAUAUUUUAAAUGCAACGGGCGAACAGAGUCUACAUAGCAUUGUCUCCAUCGGCAUAUUUAAUUUACUUUCUCUCAACAUUGAAUAUUUGUUACAUUAUAAAGGUUUAGAUAGAAAUCUUCUUGAAGCUAUCUGUAACCCGGGGGCCGUUACAUAUACUUUAUGUACUGAAUUUGUGUUUCUGAUUGGCGGAUAUGACCUUCAACGUCUGGAUUCGGAAUUCUUAGCUGUAGUAUUCGGCCACUUCCCGUCUUCAAUUUCGCGGAAAGCUUUACUACAUUGUGCUCAAGUAGCUCAAAGCAAGCGAUUUCCCCUUUUCGACUAUGGUUUAGAAGAGAAUUUGAAACGCUACGGAUCAACUGCGCCACCCGAUUAUAAUCUUAGAAAUGUCACUAUGAGAACAGCACUUCUUGUGGGUAAAAAUGACCCAAUAAAUGGAGUUCGAGACGUGGAACGCCUACGAUUUGUUCUUCCGAACGUUGUCCAUUAUCAUCUAAUGAAGCCGAGAACAUGGAACCAUUUCGACUUCGUUUGGAGCAAUUAUUUUCAUGAACCACAUAAAAUCAUUUCAAAAAUACCUAACUAG